AUGAACUCAACUUCUAACUGUAGUGAUACAAACUUCGAUGAACGUAAAACAAAACAGCUAUCUGAACCACUAAACCAAACUUUAAUAAAUGAAGAUACUAAUCUAAAAUCACUUGAAGACCAAACAACCGUACAGCAGAAAUCAAAUAAGAAGGAAGAUUGCAUCGAAACUUUCGCCUACGAUGCAAAAUACUUCAUUUCUCAAACUUUACAAGGUGAUGGUCAAGUCACCGAGUCUUUGAGCGUCAAAACACAUCAACAACAACUAUCUCAAUCAUCUUCAAAAGUAGCACCAAAUCCUCUUGGAAGUAUAGAAAAUACAUCGGUGACAACAAAGACAUCGAAUAGUGUAGAGUCGAAAGAAACAGUUCCAGUAGCAACAGAUAAAUCGAAUAAAACUCAACUGUCAAAUAAUGAGAAUACGAAAGCUCGAAAGUCUCUUUACAAAUACGUCGAAUCUAAACGUAAAACAGAUACAACUGGUUAUGGUUAUGGUUUAUGCGGUCUAUCCAAUUUAGGCAAUACAUGCUAUAUGAAUAGUGCACUACAAUGCUUAAGUAAUGUACCAUGUUUAACAAAUUAUAUUUUAAAAAACGGAUUGAAAAAGGACAUCAAUAUCGAAAAUUCGUUAGGUACAAAAGGCGAGGUGGCAAAAGCCUAUGAAGAUUUGAUUAUAACAAUGUGGUCAUCCGGACAUAAAUCAACAAGACCGGAAGUUGUUAAAGAUCGCAUUAGCCAAUUGGUUCCAAGGUUUCUUGGCUGUAAUCAACAAGAUUCAUAUGAGCUCAUGGCUAUUUUAUUGGAUGCACUUCAUGAAGACUUAAAAAAAGAUAAUGGUGUGUCCGUAGUGUCAACGAUUUUUCAUGGUGAAAUGCAAUCAACAAUCAUGUGUUCAGAUUGUAAAAUUCCAUUUGUGACUAACGACAGAAUUAUUUCUCUAUCUGUUCCACUACUUAACGAGAACGAACAGACGGGUAGUCAUGAUAAUGAUAAUUAUAAUAUAUCCACUCUUCAAAAAAGAUUAAAAGCAACUGUCCAAUUACAAGGUUGCAUUGCAACAAUGAUGAAACAUGAAAAAUAUGGUGAGGGCGCUGAUUGGUAUUGCGAUAAUGAUCAAUGUAAACAAUAUACAAACGCCGAAAAAAAGUUAGAUCUUUGGAAAUUACCGAAGAUACUAAUUAUACAACUGAAUCGCUUUAGUUUCGAUCUUAGUUCCAAUAAUAAAAUUGAUACUGACGUUGAUUUUCCAUUGGUCAAUUUAGAUUUGAAGAAAUUUGUGGCACAUCCUAAUAGAAAUAAAAUGUAUACUCUAUAUGACCUUAUUGCUGUAUCCAAUCAUAGUGGUACCAUGAUGGGUGGUCAUUACACAACAUACGCAAAAGACGUUUUUACCAAUGCAUGGUAUUGUUAUAAUGAUAAUUCUGUGGAAUCAAUUGACGAGACUAAAAUUUUGAGUAAAAGUGCUUAUGUACUUGUUUAUGAACAAAAGGAAACAUCAUAA